GUGUCAUGGCUCCGGUCUCUUAGCAACAGCCGCCAGUCCGGCCGCCCGGAGCAGCCGCCGCGGGCUCAACUCCACCCGGCGGAGCCCGGCGCGCCGCAGCCACACAAAAGAGGCGCAGGGCUGGAGAGCGCGCGGCCGCAGGGUCGGCAGUGUGCGCAGCGGGAGGGGACCGUGGCAACAGGGAAGGCGCGCCCGAGGGAAGAAGGGCUCCAGGCGGCGCGCGGGAUGCGGAGGACCUGACACUUCUUGGAAACUCUUGGAAAUGGCUUCCGCCACCGCGCCUGAGGGGACUGCGAGCCCCUGGCGCAGGUUCGUCCCCACCGGGCUGUCCAGCCGCUCUCGCUCCCGGGGCUCCGGGGCGCUGUCCCUGCGCUCCGCCGUCGGCUCGGGCUGAAAAGUUUCUCCAUGGUUCUUUGUGUCUCCCGAGCUGCCCCGGUCUCCCUGGGAGGAGGUGACCAAGCAGCUAGUGGGCAGCUGGCGCUCCCCCCACACAAGCUUCAGCCGCAGCAGCCCUACGGGCUAGCCUUGCAUUCCACCAGUUCACCAUGAUCGCCACCGGUGGCCUACUGAGAAUAUCUGCGAGAAAGCAGGAUCCUCUCCGGCCCCCCAGCCAGGUCCCUAAGCGCAAGAGGAAAGCCAAGAAGAGGCGUAAAAACGACGUGGUGGUGGUGAAAGGCAAACUGAAGCUGUGCUCCAUCUCGGGGCUCAUUGCCCUUUGUGGGAUCCUAGUGCUAUUGGUGGGCAUAGCCAUGGCCGUGGUGGGCUACUGGCCAAAAGCCAACGCCGCCAACAGAGGUGGGAGCAAGCAGUUACUGCCUGUGGGCAGUAGCCAUCGCAUUGGGGCCAUCAGCAACAGCAGCAAUGGCAACAAAAACCCAGCCAAGAGCCACUCUGGGACCCCAGGGGGUGCCAACUCCAGUUCUGUGGGCGGGCCCUGGAGUCCGCCUCCUGCAAGAUCUGCAGCCACCUCCUCUUCCUCUUCCUCUUCCUCUUCCUCUUCCUCCUCCACGUCGGUGGGCUUCUUCUUCCGAAUCUUCUCAGGCUACUUGCACUCAGACAAGCUAAAGGUCUUCGGGCCCCUCAUCAUGGGUAUAGGCAUCUUCCUCUUCAUUUGCGCCAACGCGGUGCUCCAUGAGAACAGGGACAAAAAAACUAAGAUCAUCAACCUGCGGGACCUCUAUUCCACUGUCAUCGACGUGCACAGUCUCCGCGCCAAAGAUCUGGCAGCAGCUGCUGCUGCGGCCGCCGCGGCUGCGGCUUCCUCCUCCGCGGCUGCCCCCGGCUCCGCGUCCCACGGGGCAGCGCCGCUCAAUGGCUUUCUCAGCUACGUGCAAUCUCGAGGCCUGGAGCUGAAGCCAGGCAGCUGCGCGGGCUCUGCGGACGCCUUUGGGGCUGCUGCAAUGCUGGCCAGGGGUUCAUGGCCCCACCCCACUGGGCUGGACGGAGGCAGCGGUGAGACUCAGGAGGCAGGGUCCCCGCCGGACCUGGCUUCAUCUCCGCGCUGUCCACGGGAGCCCCCAAGUCUGACAGAGGCCGUGUACAGCAUCUACCGCGAGCGCUCCAGUAGGGCUGGCCAUCGCCGGACCACAGUUGCCGCGGUGGCUGCGGCCACUGCCACUGUCACCGCGGCUGCCAGCGGCGGCAGCAGCCCGGCGCCCUGCAGCCCAACCGGGAGUUGGGGGCGCCAGAGCACCACCAGCUCCCUCGUGGGCUCCUCGCUGAGCGCCUUCGCCCUGUUGCCCUUGCAAGGGGAUCGGGACAGAGACGGGGACUCGGAGGGCGCAAGCUGCAGCUGGCAUAGACCUCCCGGGGAACGCGGCUCCCGGGAUCUCCCCAGGGGAGAACUGGACCUGAGCCUGACCGACCUCCGGGGAGCCGAGGGAGGAGCGCGCUGGGCUUCCUGCGAGCCCGGGGAGCCCGAGGGCGCGAAGACAGCACGCACCGCCAGGGGGCAGGGCGGCCGCUUGCCCAGGACCCGCAGGUACGCGGCCUGGCGGCGCCGCAGCACCAGUGGGCUCCCGGACUAUCGGGCUCCACCGUCGCCCGAGCCCCCACCCUCCUCGAGCGCAGAGAACCUGGACUCAGGCCCCUCUGCUACAGCCGCCACGCCCUCGCUCCCUCUGCGCCCCGAGGAGGACUCGCCCCGCGUCCGGCGGGAUUCCCACAGUUCUCAGUCGGAUGACCAGUCCAGCAGCAAUAAGGGCUACACCCCCCUGAGGGAGGCUGACACCUCUGUAGAGUCGGUCGUGGAUGUGGUGGCCAAGAAAAGGCUAGACUGUGAGGAUGUUACAGAUCCCAGUACUGAGCACAGCUCCCCCGAGGGUCCCAGUCCAGGGCCAACUAGGGCGGAGCCUCUGUCUGUGCAGAGGCAGUUUACAAACAAGGAGAAACUCUUCCUCAUUUCCAGGUCUCACACCCCAGGAGUAGAAGACCCCGAAUUGAAAAAGUCUUCCAACUAGGGAGGGCGGGACAGGGAAAGGAGACACGCUGGUAGAGUCCCACUGGACUCUGCAUUAAAAGCCCCACCCACCCACCCUACCCCGAUUCCCCUGUGGACAGGUCCGAGGAAACCAUUCAAUAUCCAAAGAGCUGCAGAAUAUUAUCCUUGAAUUACGUUCACAAGCUUCCUGUAGAUAACUCAAGCAAUUUUUUUUAAAGAAACAAAGUCGUCUUUUUACGUCCGAUGGUGAUUGUACGUUCGAUGAAAACCAAAUGUAUUAAAAGAUCACAAUCUAGUUCAUUAGAUGAAACUCUCUUAAUUUUCUUAGGAUCAAAAUAAUAUAUUUUUGACAGUAACUCUGUACUUUACUCCUAUUUUUCUUUGUCCAGCCCCGCCCAGCUUCCCUCGCUCCUGGACUCUGCUGCUGACUUCAUCCGUAGCUGCUUGUAAAGGAAUAACAAGCUUUUUAUUUCUGCCCUCUUGCAGAGUCUAGAAGAGUUUGUGUCAAUUCUCUUAGAAUUGAACUUUCUAGGUGGAGUCAAAGCCCCAAAGCAUGAGUAUUCGGGAACGAGGGCCCCCUUGCCUCACCCCACGCUUAUCUACAGCUGUCCAAAGGAUUCUAUUUUUUAAAAGGGAUAUUUGAAUUUUGCUACCAGGGUAUGUGAAGACCAGAGGGCGCCAGCAACUACACUGGAUUGUGACAUUCUUAAACUCACAAGACCAAGUACACCAUGCAUUACUGAGUAUUAUCACACUUGUAUGGAAAAUAACAUUAAUAUUUAAAGUCUUUUUUUAAUAAAAAGUUCCCAAACAGUUAAAC